UUCUUUCAGUAAUAUGAAUUCACCUUCUUACGUAGUGUUCGUACUCUAGGUAGUGAAACGUGUGAACACGUAUCCACUUAUGUUCGGUUUCUGAUGGAAUGAAAUAGGUUAUGGUAAUGAAAUCUGUAAACCUUAACUAUGCAAUACAAUUUCAACAACAUUAGCACUUUUUAUUUCCAACGCUAACAUGAAUAAUUAUUGUAUAACAACAGGAUAUCAGUCAGUCCUUUAAAUGUCAACAUCUUCUGGAAGUGGAAGUAGACGUAAUCGUUUGAAUCUCACUCUUCCGAGUUCUGUUAUCCAGCCACAAGAUAACAGUUCACUAUCAAGCAGAAAUCCUGAAGAACAUGGAUCAAAUUGUGAAAUUCAUCGAUCCACAGAGAAUAUACAAGAAUCAAUGCAAAAAAAUGAGAAUUCUACAAGGGUCGCUCCGACGUUGAAUAAAUUAAAUGAUGGUAAUUAAUGAAAUCGUCUGAGCCCCCCCAAACUUCUCAACAAACUAGCAUCUAUCGACCAACUGCUCAUCAUUCCCAUCCUCAUUCUGCGCAUCGUAGAAUCCCACCACCUUUAACAGACCUUCGUUUGUCUCCUAAGAAAACUCAUGCACCGUCCACUGGUAACUUAUUCAAUCCAAAAGGGGAUAGAAACAAUGAAAAUCGUUAUUCAAACAGAAUUAGCACUGGACCUGUUGAUGUUGCUGAGGUUUUGAAACAAUUAGAAAUUCAAGAUUUAGACGAUAAUCAACGACGUCGUUUAAGUGCAUUUGUAGCAGAUAAACAAAAAAUUGGUGAAUUACGUCCAGAAGAUUUUGAAAAGCUAAGUGAAAUAGGCAAAGGUAAUGGUGGUGUCGUCAGUCGUGUACGUCAUACAGCUACUGGUUUAAUUAUGGCAAAGAAAAAUAUCCACUUGGAAAUAAAACCAAUUGUUAAAACACAAAUUAUUCGUGAACUUCAAGUACUGCAUGAUUGUAAUUCACCAUAUAUUGUUGGUUAUUAUGGUGCAUUUUUCGCUGAUGGUGAUAUUAGCCUAUGCAUGGAGUAUAUGGAUGGUGGAAGUUUAGAUAUUGUCCUAUUGCAUGCUGGUCGUAUACCUGAGCCGAUUGUCGCUAAAAUACUUUAUUCAGUAAUACGUGGUCUGGUUUAUCUGCGUGAAGCUCUACAUAUUAUUCAUAGAGAUGUCAAACCGUCUAAUAUCCUUGUAAAUCGAACAGGUGAUGUUAAAUUAUGUGAUUUUGGUGUUAGUGGACAAUUGAUUGAUUCACUUGCCAAUUCAUUUGUUGGUACACGAAGUUAUAUGGCACCAGAACGAUUAACUGGAGAACAGUAUAAUACUUUGAGUGAUGUAUGGAGUUUAGGUUUAUCAUUGGUUGAAUUGGCAACUGGUCGUUAUCCGAUUCCAGCUAUCGAAGAUGAAAAGGUUUAUUUAAGUGCAUUCAGUCCACACAGAGAUGUCAAUUUGGAUCAACAUUUAGAAGCAGCUAAAGAAGGAAAACCACUCCCAGCUGUCAAUAGUCCGAGUUCUGGUCCAAUGGCAAUAUUUGAACUUUUAUCCUAUAUUGUCGACCAGCCACCACCUCAUCUGCCACAAUUUUGUUUCUCUGAUGACUUAUUGACCUAGUUGAUUCAUGUCUUCGACGACCAGCUAGUGAUCGUCCAUCAUUAGAAAAUCUUUUAAGGCAUAAAUUUGUUGUCACAGCAGCUGGUGCCUGUCCAUCAGGUAAUAUUCAGCGUCAAAGUACAGUGAUAGAUAUUCAACAAAAUGGAGGUAAUUCAAAUCAAUGUGAAGAUCCAAUCAAUAUUGGACGAUAUCUAGCCGCUGUACUACCACCAGUUUCGAAUGAUGAUGUCUCUGUUAAUCAAGCUUCCUAUUGAUUUACUUUCAUAUUAAUUAACCAAUUGAGUAUAUUUUCUUUCUAUUCACGUGCAAUUGUCUCCCAUUAUAUGGUGUUCUGAAGAGACUUAUUUCACAGAUAUACCCGUUUAAUUGUGUAUAUGUUGUUGCUUUUCAGUAAUCUAGAGGAUUUUUUUUGUUCUUCAAUCUAAUCUGUAUACAAAAUCUCUCAUACUUUGAUCAUAUUUUAAUAAUGAGUAUGUGGCUUAAUCCACAUUUUUGUAAAUACUUAUCAGUCGAUAGUUGCAGUAUAUUAUUAUACAUAUAUACGAAUGCCAAACAACUGGAAUAACAGAUAGAAGGGUAUGAAUUAUUUUUCAUUCCCGGUUUUAUUUCCUCACUGUCUGUUCCUCAUUUUCUUUUCUAGAAACUUAUUUAUUUACAUCCUUGUUUCCUUGUGAUUGGCAUAAUUUUACUCCAUUCCCAAUUAGUUUAUGUUACUCUGUGUUCUCAAUGAUUUUAUCGUAUUGUUUCAUUGUUGAAUUGAAAAGUAGAAACAUAUUUAACUGCUUUUUUUUUUCCCUUCCUACUUCCAGUAUUUUAUCUUCUGAUUUAUGCUUAUUUAAAGAAAUGUAAUAAAUAAAUUUGAUUCUACCUUUGUUGUCAUUUUUGCAUGCAAACUAUUCAAUAAUAAAAAAACCCUGUAAAACCAUUUACAGAAUGAUACCUGAC